UCCCAGAUUUUCCACCGUUCCAUACGUGGCAUUUGAAAAUAAAUGAAGGGACUUCGUGUGUGCUUUGGCAAUUUCUUCACGUGAUUAAUGCCGGUGCAGCCGGUGUCACAUGACAUUCUCUCUUCAGUGUUGCGGUUGCGGGUGAUGGUUUGGUGAUGCUCCCGGCAAACAUCCUAGGACCAGUCUAGAGAGAAAAUCGUGCUAUACUAAGGUUGGACACUACCGAUAAGUAGCUCCCACACCCCUCUCCUAUUCCUGGUCGUUGGACUCCGCACCCCAGCUCAACAGACAGGAAUGGAGAACCAGGAGGAGUCCAGCAAGCUCAAUGGGGGGACUGGGUCAGCGGCCCAGGGCUCGGAGGACGCCGCUCAGCCCAAGCAGAGCAUGCAGCUGCAGAAGGAGAUCUCGCUGCUCAACGGCAUCAGCCUCAUUGUGGGCAACAUGAUCGGCUCGGGCAUCUUUGUGUCGCCCAAGGGCGUGCUCAUCUACAGCGCCUCCUACGGGCUGUCGCUGGUCAUCUGGGCCAUCGGCGGCAUCUUCUCCGUGAUCGGGGCGCUGUGCUACGCCGAGCUGGGCACCACCAUCACCAAGUCGGGGGCCAGCUACGCCUACAUCCUCGAGUCCUUCGGGGGCUUCAUCGCCUUCAUCCGCCUGUGGACGUCGCUGCUCAUCAUCGAGCCCACGAGUCAGGCCAUCAUCGCCAUCACGUUCGCCAACUACCUCGUGCAGCCGCUCUUCCCCACCUGCGAGCCGCCGUACACCGCGUCACGCCUCAUCGCGGCCGCCUGCAUCUGCUUGCUGACAUUCAUCAACUCUGCCUAUGUGAAGUGGGGCACCCGAGUACAGGAUCUCUUCACCUAUGCCAAAGUCCUGGCCCUCAUAGUCAUCAUCAUCACAGGGAUUGUCAAACUGUGCCAAGGAAACACAAAGAACUUUGAGGCCUCCUUCCGGGGUUCAUCCCUAGAGCCAGGGGACAUCGCUCUGGCCUUAUACUCAGCCCUGUUCUCUUACUCGGGAUGGGACACACUCAACUUUGUUACGGAGGAGAUCAAGAACCCUGAAAGGAACUUGCCCUUGGCCAUUGCCAUCUCCAUGCCCAUCGUCACCAUCAUCUACAUCCUGACCAACGUGGCAUAUUACGCCGUGCUGGACAUGAGUGCCAUCCUCGCCAGCGACGCUGUGGCUGUGACGUUUGCGGACCACACCCUUGGGGUCAUGAGCUGGACCAUCCCUAUAGCCGUGGCUCUGUCCUGCUACGGAGGACUGAACGCCUCCAUUAUCGCUGCGUCCAGGCUGUUCUUUGUGGGGGCGCGAGAAGGUCAUCUGCCGGAUGCCUUGUCCAUGAUUCAUAUGGAACGAUACACUCCUGUUCCUGCCCUGCUCUUCAAUUGUGCCAUGGCACUGAUCUACUUGGCCGUGGAGGACGUCUUCCAGCUGAUCAACUACUACAGCUUCAGCUACUGGUUCUUCGUGGGUCUGUCUAUCGCUGGACAAAUCUACCUUCGCUUCAAGGAACCAGACCGACCCCGGCCUCUGAAGCUUACGCUAUUGUACCCCAUCAUCUUCUGCAUGUGUACGGUGUUCCUGGUGGCAGUGCCUCUCUACAGUGACACGCUGAACUCCAUAAUUGGCAUAGCGAUCGCCCUCUCUGGCGUGCCAGUUUACUUCCUGGGAAUCUAUCUCCCAGAAUCCAAGAGGCCACCCAUCAUCUCAAAGCUGCUGAAUGGCAUCACGCGCCUCACUCAGUUCUCCUGCUUCUGCGUUCUCACCGAGAUGGACGUGAGCGAGUAACAGAGGACGCCAUCGUCACGGGAUCUCCCUGCCACACCUCACCAGCAGUCAUUCACACUACCCCCUCCCCAAAACACUGACACCGCACGAGGAGAGAGAGGACUCCACAUGAAUCUAUCCCACUACCUUCACUUUUCAGACUUGACUUGAUUAUUUCACGUUCUUGAGCACACUUUCAUCACCCGGUGGCCUACACGUUACUGUGGCCAGUUCUUCUGGGUCUGGGAACAUGAAUUCGCACACUCACCCGCGCACCUGUCCUGCACCCAAUGUCCAGCAUGCGUCCACUCCUGGGGCCUCUGCUCCGCUCAGGGACUUCAUUGAGGAACAGUAGAGCUGAAUGACCUGUGCCGCCGUCAGCCAACUGGACUGCACACUUGAAGAAACCCAGGGGAUUUUAGCCAGCUGGACUGACACACAAAGUGCCAGGAGCCUCUCCCCUCUCCGUAAUUAAUGAGAGGCUACUGUUGGAUAUCAAUAUUGUCUGGACGCUAUCGGCCAAAUGAGGUUGUUAUUAUGGACUACCAAUGGUUUGUUUUUUUGUUUUUUUUUAAUGGAACCUCAAAUACUGUAUUAUUUAUACACACUGUUUUUAAAAUGGUGUUUUUAAAGUUUCAGUGUAUGUGCGGUUUACAGAUUGUGAUGCAGCCUUCUAAUCGUAUUAAUGUAUGGUGUUUUGUAAAUGUGUCUGAUUGGGACCCAUGGGACUCUUAUUAAUCUACUUUCAAGCCUUAGUUUCAGGUGAAAACCAGGGAAUGGGUCCUUCUUACAUACAGAAUCCUUUGUAUAUGCUGCUAUCCAAUUUCACAUUCUGACAUAUUUUUCUUGAAAAUAUUUAUGUAGGCAUCACUCUAAAUCAGUUUACUAUAGGUGAUGUAGGGCAGAACUAGUGAUAUGGAAGCAGAUUACUUCGUGCCUACACGCCUUAUUUACAAAGGGUAUAUCGACCAUCAUUAUGCAGUAUCCAUUUCAAUGUCCCUCAUAUAUAGGCAAAGCUUAUCUCCAGAAAUAUAUAUUAUUUGCGUAUUAGUAGUUUUCUGUGUUCCUCUUGACUGUUAUACCAAUGGUGAAGAGGUAUUAUAUAUGAACGAUGUACUGUACUACAGUGACUUCAGUGAAGUAUGUAAUUUUACUUUUCCAGUCACAAUGAUGUUCCUGCAAAAGUCUUCCAUCAUUGUGUGUGAGUGUGUGAGUGUGUUUAUGUGUGUGUGUGGCAUGCACCACACUCGUCUUUCAGGUCAUCCUGGCAUCAAGUCUUCAAGCUGUUUGAUUGGAGUUUCAGAACACAGAACAAACCAAGAACCUGGCAGUCCACUGACUCCAUUUUCUUUCUUUUAUCUGGGGCAAUAAAGAUUCACAAACUAUCUAAUGUUGAAA